AUAAUUCUUAUAAAACACUGUUUAAUUCAGUCUUAAAACAUUAAAUAUUGCCUUCCCACUUAUUCAUUCAACCGCAAACAUGGACAAUUUACCAGGUACUCGAGAUAAAAACCGCACGUCAGUAGAUAAUUAUUGUAGCAUUGAUACUGUUGAUACUGAAAAGAGCGGUGCCUGCGGCGGAGACGACGUCGAAAUGGGUCACAAGCACAAGGAAGACGAGGAACAAAGCCAGUGGUCGGCCGUUAAGGCAAAACUGACGAAUUUAACCCACAUCUGCACCUGUGCCUACACAUUAUUGGUGCUUUACUUGUGUGUGGCCGAAGAAAUCGUAUUUUUUACGUGGCAUCCACUUCUAUUGUCCAUCGGCUGGAUGUUCCUGAUGACUGAAGGGGUGCUGGCCCUUUCAAAGGACAAUUUCGUUUCCAAGUACUGCAGGCCGUUCCGCCUAAGGAGCCACUGGAUACCCCUGACAAUAGCAGUAGUUUUGUCCCUUGCGGGCUUCCUGGUGGCCUUCAUCAACAAAAACCGACUGAACAAAAACCACUUCGUGUCCUGGCACGCUCUGUUCGGAUUAAUAGGCCUCAUAUCCUCGAUACCCACCUGUUUGAAUGGCAUACCGGUGUUGUACAAGAGAGAAAUCAAGAAGUACAUCAGCCCGAAAAUUGCCAAGUUUGUGCACAUUGCUACUGGGGUAGCCACUGUGUUGUUCGGUGGUGUUUCCUUGUUUUUAAGUGUGUAUUCGAACUGGUUUCAGAAACGCACUUCGAGGAGUUACGUACCUUUCCUGUAUGGGUUGUUGUGUGUCUCGAUUGCCACUGUGGUUGUAUUACUUAAGCCGAUAAGGUCUUGUACCAAAUUUAUUGUCAAUUCUUUGAAGAAAUAACCAUUUUAUAUUGAACAAGGUGAUGAAAAUUUUGUAAAUAGUGUUAAUAUAUAUAUAACUGCCACUAUCAUAUGUUUAAUUGAUUAUGAUGAGAUUAAUUCAGUUCCUAUCAAUGGCAUAUGUACUAAAUAUUAAUUAAUUAAUAAUAAUUUUGAACCACGAAGACUAAAUUAUAUAUACAUUAUAUAACUAUAAAGAGUAUUUUAAACUGUUUUUGUAGUUCUUUAAAUAUUAUGAAUGAAUUAUUUUAAAAACAGCAUGUGAUGUGUACCAAUUAAAAAUUUUAAUAACCAUGUAACUUGUGAUAUAUUUUAAAAAUAAAACAGUGCAAUUUUUAUAUUUGUA